AUGGAAGGCGUUGUAGCCCCGCAGCCACGGGAGCCUCAACCAGUAUCGUUCUCUCGUGCUGAAACAGAAGACAUCGCAGAAGCCCAAUCGAGUGAAGCCCAGUUAACCCAUAGACAGUUUAUUGUUGGUGUUGAUUUUGGAACAACUUAUUCAUCCGUUUCGGUUCUCUGCAUUCCGAAAGGUGACGCUGGUGACAUCGCGGUCCAAAAGGACGAAAUCGUCAAUAUUUCGAAUUACCCGAACGCGCCAUCACAUCACAACGAGAGCCGCGUUGACGUGCCCACCGAGUCCUGGUACACAAAAAGAUCGCCAUAUUGCAACCCAGUAUACCAUGAUGAAGUCAACGACGUUGACGCCUCCGACGACGUUGAAGCGUCCGACGACGAAGGUGACAAUAUUAUCGACUCGGAUACUAUGGACAUUGAUGAGGUUGAUGACGAGGAGGACGAGCGUAAGUCAUUGUACUGGGGAUAUGAAGUUCGGCAAGCAAUUAGACAGCACUGCGAACCCAACAAUCUCGCAAGCCCUAUCCACAGGUUUAAGUUGCUUCUUGACAGGGGUGAACUUACCAGAACAAUUCGAGAAGAACUUGCGCCAACCGUGCAAACCCUUAAGGAGCGGAAGAUCAUUAAAGGGGAGAUUGAUCUGAUUGCAGACUUCCUAACAAAAUUGUUUUCCCACACCAAACACCAAAUGCGUCGACAGUACCAAUACGAGGGAACCGAGUCUAUAAAAUUUGUCUUGUGCAUUCCUGCCAUAUGGUCUCAAAAGGCAUGCCGUGUCAUGCAAACGGCAAUGACUACAGCGCUUCAAAGAGUAGAGUUCAUCACGGAAGCUUUUCAUGAUGUUGACAACCUCCUCAUUGUCCAUGAACCGGAAGCGGCAGCAUUUUAUGUGUUGGCAGAAUCUAGAGAUAUUGAGUUGGGCGAAGCGUUUGUCCUCCUCGAUGCCGGUGGCGGGACUGUUGACGCUGUCACGUACAAGGUGACAAGUACCUUACCUCUAAAACUUGAAAGAGAAGCAGGAACCCCAGGUGGCGCCCUCUGUGGGUCCAGCUAUCUUAACGAGAACUUUAGUAGACUGAUCAGGGAUCGUUUGGCCGGUGAAUACUACUUGAUUGACAAUGGAUACCCGGUAGAAAGGAAAAUAGAUUUCAUCCUCGAGGAGUUUGAGAAUAGGGUGAAAAGAACAUUUAACCCUAGAGAAAAACGCAAAAUAGAGGUUUUUAUGUUUGAUGGGCUGAGGGAAAAUACGGAAAAGAAAUUUAGACCGCACGAAAUGCGCGUUGACAUCAACUCCACACGCAAGGACCCGACUAAACGAUGGCUUCGUCUCUGGGACCUAAGGAAAGACAUGCUGUCGAUUUUCAAUCCGUGUCUCGAACAAAUAUCCCGGCUCAUGCUGCAACAAAUUGAGCAGGCAGAAGCCCAUCAGGUUUUUGUUACGAAAGUGUUACUCAUUGGCGGGUUUGCCGCAUCUCCUGCCCUUGAGUACCAUCUGAGGAAAGAGCUUAGACAGUUCUCCAACAGACGUAACCGUCAAGUGGGGAUACUGGCGCCGAGGCUGCGCGGAGCAGCUGUGGCCUCUGGUGCUGUUCUAUGGGCGAUGAAGAACAAUGAGGAUGAUCCCAAGCGUGAGAUAUAUUGCAGUUAUGGAUUGUUACGCACAGAGCCUUACGAUCCAGAAUUUUAUCCAGCGCAUAAAUCCCAAUCUAGAAGGAAGAGGCGGGACAAAUAUGAUAAUGAGUUCUAUAUUAAGAACACCAUAUAUUGGUUUGUUAACAAGGGGAUGGUGGUUGAAUCCACUAACCGUGUUAGGACCAUUCCGGUCACACAUUAUUUUCCGACGAGACCCUCUCAGAAAUUCCUUUGCGAAGAAAUCCUCUAUGUGUCUGACAAAAAUCACGAAUCUCACUAUGAGCGGGGUCAUGAAAAGAAUAAAGGCUAUGAAGAAGCGGGCAAGAUCGUUGUGGAUAUGACAUUUUUGAAAACAGAGGGCCACAUCCAGCCUAUCGUGCCGCCUGAGACAAACGUCCGGAAACAUUAUCGAGUAACCUUCGAUCUCGUUCUAACAAUUAGCGGUAGAAAUUUGCAUUGCGUGGCGCGGUAUCCUUGCGGGGCUUCUGACAACGAUGCCAUUAGGCAGAAAGCGCGUAUUUGCAUUGCAUCGGCGUUCUUGAAGGAAAUGGAAGAUGGUGGCUAG